AUGUCAGGAGACACAACAACAACAGUCGUAUCGUACGCGGACGAUAUCGAGACUCGCGACUCUGAACACGAUGUGGAGGAUGCGCGAAAGCAAGACAGGAAACUGAGGUUCAAGCUCGAUUUGUUCUUCAUGACUUAUGUCGUCUUGAGUUAUACUCUCAAGUUUCUGGAUCAAUCUAACUAUAUAUACGCCUAUGUCUCGGGCAUGCAGGAAGACCUAGGUCUAUACGGCAAUGAGCUGACCUGGAUGGGGACCAUCUUCUCCAUCGGCUACAUCAUCGGCACUGUCCCGACCCAGCUGCUCAUCACCGCCAUCAGACCAUCCUACCUCCUCCCCACAGUCGAAAUAAUUUGGGGCAUAUUCGUCCUCUGCAUGGCCGCCGCCAAAUCCGUAAACACCAUCUACGCUAUGCGUUUCCUCAUCGGGCUGUUCGAAGCUUCCUCGUACCCCGGUCUUAUCGCCGUCAUGGCAUCCUGGUAUACACCGAGAGAACUCGGCAAACGCGUUGCGAUACUGCAAUCUGCCUCGGCGCUGGGGGCCAUGUGGGCUGGGUAUUUACAAGCUGCAGUCUUUGCUGGUUUGGACGGCUCUCACGGACUUCCUGGCUGGAAAUGGGGAUUCAUAGUCAACGGCUGCAUCACAAUCCCCGUAGGAAUCCUAGGCUACUUUCUCAUCCCCGACUCCCCCUCCAACACCCGAGCACGCUACCUCACCCCAACCGACAUCUCUUUCGCGUCCAGCCGUAUGGCCAAGGUUGGCCGGGCGGCGCCAAAGGGGCUGACGAGGGCGACUAUUUGGAAGGUGCUGGCGAGUUGGCCUUUGUGGGCUUUUAUCUUGCCUUAUGGGUUUUGGGUCAUCAACGGGCAGGCUAUUUCAUUCUUCUCCCUCUGGCUCAAAUCUACCGGCCGUUACUCAACGGUCAAAGUCAACCUCAUCCCCACAGGCGGCUACGCCCUCGAAAUCUUUACCGCCAUCUUCUGGGCCGCCAUCUCCGACGCUACCAAUACCCGAUGGCCUGUCAUCGUCUUUUCUGGCCGUAAGCUCGAGAGAUAG